UAGCACGUGCAGUGAGCUACUUUUUUGUGUACAUUUUCAAUUCGGAGUAAUUAUUUCUAUCAUAUUGUAUAGUUAAGUUUAAUUAUUGAAAAUGGUGAAAAGAUUAAGAAGGACCAAGAAAAAUCAAAAAUACAACUAUAAUAAAAACCGUAAACGACUGAAUAAAAGACUUAAAAACACCGGUACCAGUAAAUGCCCAGAAAUCAAUGAAGCACUGGAUAAGCGCCGGAAUCUUACUACCAACAUUCGACAGAUGGGUCUAGCGUUCGAUGUCAACAAAGCAAUUCCGGUGCCGAAUGCCAAACGGGAACGGUUACAGAUUGCCAAAUACGUCAACGGGUUCCUCGAGGAGGACAUCACCGAAAAGCCUAGAAAAAAACCAUCGGAGGAAAAACGUUCAAAAGUACACGUCCGCCAGCAGCUGGAAAAGCAAGCUAACGAGUACGUGGAAAGUCGUUUCCGUCUGCCGAAAGGGCAGGUUAAAACCAUUACCGACUUCAUCGAUGCCCACGGGUUCAACUACAAAGCGAUGGCACGAGAUAGGAAGAAUUACUAUCAGGAAACUUGGCGCCAGCUUCGGCAGAAAGUUCGCAAGUUUUUGUCCAUUCCGGUUCAGUGUACGCCUUACCUGGAGCAGAAGGGAUGGCUCGACUGUGACAUGAGCGAUCCGAAUGAUGCCCGGUGGAAGGAAUACUGCACCGAUGAUGAGGAAUGUUGAAAAUAAGUCGAAAUAAAAUUUGUAAAUUUUUUUUUCCGCGAAAAAAGGGUUUUUUAUU